GCGCGUGGACAAAAAUACGUCCGUCGCCGCGGAUUUAUUUCAUUUCUACGCCGUCGCUUAAUCGAACGUUUCCCGUAAUUGAAAUUCGACGAUCAUGUGCAGAUGUUUCGUCCUCGCUGCGUUCGGCUUCAUUUUGUACGUGUCAAAAUACGCAUCGGGCAUGUCGGACGAAAUGAAAGAACUGGUUCAGAUGUUACACGACACGUGCGUGGAAGAAACGGGGGUCGACGAAAGCUUGAUCGCAAAAGUCAACGCGGAAAAAGUGUUCGCGGAUGACGAAAAGCUGAAAUGCUACAUUAAGUGUCUCCUAUCACAAAUGGCUUGCAUCGAUGACGAUGACGGUACCAUCGACGAAGAAGCGACCAUCGCCAUCUUGCCGGAGGACAUCCAGGAGAUCAUGGGGCCGGUGAUCCGGAAAUGCGGAACAGUAGUCGGAGCUAACAUCUGCGAGAACGCCUGGCUGACCCAUAAGUGCUACUCCGAGAUGAAACCAGACGUAAAACAACGGCUGCCAUUUGCAAUAGACCUUCGGUUAUCUCUGGUGUUUUUUCUAGGUCUAUAUGCUCAUCUAGAUCGGCGCUACUGGGACUGGCGUCGUCUUACUUUUCCAAAUGUACACUUUGGUUGAAUAAAAUUCCAGAAAAACGG